AUGCGCGCCGCCCUCCUUGCGGCAUCGCUCCUGCUCCUGCUCGCCCGCCCAGACUCCACCUCAUCACCGCCCACCACCACCGCGUACGACGAGCUCCGCCUCCGGGGCUUCCCGAGCGGCCUGCUCCCGGCCAACGCGUGUGCCUACACGCUCGAUCCCGUCUCUGGGGACUCCGUCAACCUUCACUCCAGCUGCCGCAUCGUGCUACCCGCGGGGAGCUACCUCGCCACCUUCAGCGACGCCUCAUGA